GUGUAAAAGCACCAACAUAAACUAAGUGAUAGUUUUCUAAUGUGGUUUACGUUACGAGUUCAGUUUAUUAUUCAUAUGUUUUGCUUUGCUAUUCACCGUUACAUCUGGAAUUUCUGGUUAGUCAUCAGUACGGAUGAUACACACACAUAUGCACCAAAGCUAGGUUGUACGAUCGUCUGAGAUCGUAUACAUGCGCAUGCCUUGACCGCUAUCAAGGUGAACAACUUUAAAAAAUACAUCUCCGACUGUGCGUCAGUUAACAGUUGGUUGGGAUUCAGUUUUGAACGUAAGCUUUACAGGCAGGUUGUAAAUCAUAAGUAACAAAAGUGGUGUUGUUCCAUUCUUAUUUAUGAAGGUCUGACUAAACAAUGCAAAGCAUGCGAAUCAAAUUCUUCAAAUUGAUUUUGUAGAAUUUGCUUACUGUUGUGGCCUACAGAAUCUAUCAACUACCUGUUAUUGUGAAAUGCAUGCAGGAGUAUGGCCUUUACGAGUAUGAUUUGUACGGUGAUCGUUGAAAGAUCGAUUAAACUUUUCCGUGUUUUGGUCGAUCGAGCUAAUUUGUUUCACUCUAAAGAUUCUCAUCAUGUAUAAUAUAAGUGAUUGAUAUAUGUUAAAUUGAUUACAAAUUUCACAAUUACAUUUAUUGAUGUUAUUGUAUUGUAUGUUUUUCAUGAGGGUGGGUGUAUGGGGUAACGGUUCGGUUAUGGAAGAGUAUGAAAUCCCAUCCCGAACGAAAACCUGUACACAAACUGGCUAUCCUGCUACAGGCUAAAAAAGUGAAGGAAAAAUAAAAGAAACCCCGGUAGUGCAAAUUCGCCACUGCUAAACUGUUUUUUGAUAUUCUUGUAGGUGAUUGCACUUUUUAAUUGUAGGUAUUUGCACUGCACAAAGACAGUCAUGCCAAACAUACGGCUAGGUCUUCCAAUCCGGCCAAUCGAAUCCACCAUGAGAUAGCUGUCAUCGAACCCCUCCCCGCACAGUACAGUAACUCGGCCCACAAGAAGGAUUCUACAUGCAAUCCGGCCCGCGAACCCGAAAUGAGUUUGACAUCACUGCUCUAAGGCAAACAAAUAAUUAUGUAUAUGAUGAAAAUAAAUCCCAGGAUCAUUACGCUAACAAUGUAAUUCCAAAAUGUUGUGUCAAUUAUGUAAAAAUGACAUGCCUAACGGAUUUAAUAGUGGAUUUACUAAAAGAUUUUAGGACUAAAUAGUCAUAAGAAAACUGAGCCAUUUGCUCGAACUGAGAUCGAACCAAGUCACUUAGUGAUAAUCGCGUCAGAUUUUCAUAUAUAAGAACUAAUGCUUAUAUGCUUCUUGGAGUGUUACAUCUGUAGCAAGGACUGAUUAUCAAGAUAAAUGGUAAAAAUAAGUUAAAGAAACCAGAAAUAUGUCUGCCACUUGAUGCCAUAAACUAAUAACGUGUAACUUUUGGCUUUGAAAAAAAUGAGUUACAAAAUUGUAUUUGGGUUAUAUGAUAUUGCUAUUAUAAUUUUAAGAUUAUGGCAUUUGCCGUAUUGCUGCCUCGGUACGUAUUUGUAUGAUACUUGGCGCGCUUUAUGAUAAAGACACUAUCGUAUCGAUAUGAAAAAAUUCAAAAGCAAUUGAUUGUAAAACAAUUCUUCAAAAAUAUCAAAGAUGGACCAUUGAAUGCUUGUAUUAUAUUUACAAUUUCUAUUUCUUAUAUAAUUGUAAUUUUUUCUAUACUUCGGAACGUAAAGCGGUUAUUGAUAUUAUUUGCAACGGCGAGGCAACGGGAAGAAGGAAGAAGAAACGAUCAGAUAAGUUUUCAUACUGGUAUUCGUUUAAGGAAAGGUAUAACAGGUUUAAAGGUGCGCGCAGUGUAAAAACAAUUCGAAAAUCCAGUGUUUGACAAUAAACUGUUUGUAAUAAUAUAUCUAUUUUUUAGUUAUUUAUACUUAAUAUAUGUACUUGUUAAAUUUAAAAUAUUACAUUUAUAUAUUGUUGUCUGUUAUUCGAAACUACUUAACAAACUUUUCAUCCUCCUUUAACGUACAUCCCAAAAUAUUGUAAAUCUUUUUUUAAUAAGUAUCACGAUUAUUUUAUUUUUCCGAUUAACUAUCCGAGGUUCCUACAUAACACCGGCAAACCAGUUAAAGCAGCCGCGAAAUGCUAGUAAACGCUUAGGGCUAUAAACUGUAAGCACCGAGAAAUUGAAAUUUAACGUUGUUAUCCUUCUGGUAGCAAAAUAUUUUUCAUCACCUGUGUGUGAUUGAUUGCGGAAAUUUAACUAACGCAAUUACCGCCCAAGCUUCAAAAUCACAUAAACUCAAGGGAGAAUAUAUUUGCCAGCAGCAAGGAAUGAAAUAUCUAUAAACUAGUCUAUCUCGAUGUUAACUUUAAAAAUUGUUUUCAUAGGUUUGAUUUAGUUAACAUGAACAUUGAAUUGAUUGAUUGGUAACAUUGAACAACCUUCUGUUAUGUGUUGUAGAUAUAUACAUAUCCAAACUGUUUAUGUUUAUUUGUUUGGUUUUUGAAUUUUACUUCUGAAUAUCAACAUGUAAUCAAAAACAUAAUCAAGAGUGUAUUGUAGGUUUAUGUUUUUUAACAUCGAUUUUUUAAAUAUCUCUAUUUUGUCUUAACCAAUGUGAGCAUUUACCAUAACUAUGUAGAUACGAUAUAAUAUCCUUAACAGCGAUAAUUCAAUUAUUUUUACCUAAAACAUAAAACUAUUACAAUGAAAUGGGGUACAACUGAAGGUAUAAUUCAUACUUCAAGAAUUUCAAGUUCUCUGUAAUAAACACUACAAUUUUGUACGACCAUUCAAAUCUACUAACUAUGUCGAAUCUUUUUUUUAUUUUCUUUUUUUAAUUCUUGUUCCUUAUUUAUUAUUCGUUCUUUCCAGUGUGACGAUAAGUGGAUCUUUAAAGGGUAGACGAUGCUAGCACGCGAUAAAUCACGCUUGCCCUUCUAUGAAAUAGUAUGAAAAGAAUUCUAUGAAUAUUAUAGUAGUUAUUAGUUUACCUUCUUCACAAGUUUCGAGAGAGGUUCAUGACUUGAGUUUUAAUGGUUGGUUGGGAUGAUGCACAAUGAAAGAAUGUUUUUUAAAGCUAUACACAAUAUGGAAACAUAAAACCGUUCAAAAUUGUACCAUUUUUGAAAGUAGAUAGUGCAUAACGAGUUGGUUUGAGCAUAAAUAUAGCAUUCCAAUGUGCGCUAAACGUAAAAUGAAUUAAAGUUGAAUAUUUUCAAUCAAUUUACUGUGCUUCGACUAGUUGAGCAAGUUUGGUGGAUUGGUUUUUGCUGUUUUUUGUUUUUGUUUUAUUAAUAAUUAUCUAUCUACUCAUGUUAAAAACAACGUUUAAAGAAAAUAUGGCUUUAUUUACCUCUUGUUAUGCUCAUUGUUAAGUUUGUGCGUAAUUAUCAAUCGUAUAUAAGGGAAGCAUAGUUCAGUUGUGUUUGGACCCAGGGAUUAAUCGAGUGAAAUAUCGAAUAUACCAAAUUAGCAACAACACACUUGAAAACAUAACAUUUUAACACAUCGUAUAUAAGUUAAAAAUGAUUUUAGGUCAUUAGGCUUUUGUUAGCUAUAACGUUUGAUCUAUGUCACAUGUGAUAUGAUAAUGUGUGUAUUCUCUAACAUCACUAUCUCUUAAUUGAUUUCAAAACCGUUGUUUUACUGCUAUUUUCCAGUGGUUUGCAUGUUAGCCCAUUGGCAAAAUUAUAGAUGUGCACAUGGCGGAUUACAAUAUAGAUUUAUUGCUAGGUCGCAUAUUAUUAUCGUAAACAUCAUCAUCGUUGGUUUGCUCACAUUUGAGCACGAUACUGAUUUUUUUUCAGAUUUUCAAGACGUUGUACCUUUCUUAAAAAGCAUUGAAUUAUGACAGUUCUUUAUAAGAAUUAUACAGUUUUCGAAGUUGUAACAGUAUUAUGUUUGUAUUAAUUUAUUUCAGAUUUCCAAAAUGCCACGGUGGAACGACUGCUGAAGAUGACUGAACAAAUGAUGAAGAUAAAAUGUUCAACUAAUCAAUGUAUUUCAAACGAAAAAUCAAUUGAAACAAGAAUACAUAGCGGCAUCACAAACAAACGAAAAACUGUUUGUUAAUAACGUUUUGAUUCAUUUGCCAAGUGGAGCUGAAUGUUUUUACAAGCUCGUUCAAAUCAGUUGAACAUUUAUCAAUAAAAUCAUCGGAAGCAUCUUGCUAUGGAUGCUUACAACUUUGUAUCAUCAACAGGCGAAUACAACGGGUCCGAUGUUAAUAAUCGAACGUCCACAAUAUUUGCAAUCAAUCCUGAUUUUAUCGCGCAAUGGAAACUAAAGCGCAGGCAGGAAAAAAAGUGUGGAGAGCUCUAUUCACAACUGGAUCUGUUAAAUUAUCCAGAAUGUUUAAAUUUGUUAGGCCAUUAUCUUGACGUAAAAGGAAAAAACGUUCCCGUUUUUACAUCUGAAUUUUUAAAAUCCCUCGGAACAAAUAGCAAAUUAAUGGGUAAUGGUUUCAAAUCUCCAUCUGACGUUUCGCGUGAUGAUGUGAGCCCAGUCAUCGGUAGCUUUAGAGACAUUGCAAACUGGAUUUCUUACGGUAACUUCAGCCUAUUGGAGUGGUUCAACGGAUCCGCCAGUUCUAUAAGCAACGAAAGCUCCAAUUUUCUUCCGAAUGCAAUUAACUUUACAACUAUUCCUUACGGGAUAGACAUCAUUGACGAAAGUCCGUCACAGGUGCUACCACCGUUUGAACUUUGGCAAACUGUGCUUAUUGCUAUUUGCUUAGCCAUUUGCAUCAUUCUUACUAUAGGUGGCAAUAUACUAGUACUUUUGGCAUUCAUUGUAGAUCGAAGCAUUAGACAACCGAGCAAUUACUUUAUUGCUUCCCUAGCAGCAACGGAUAUGUUAAUCGGAACUGUAUCAAUGCCUUUUUAUACUGUGUAUGUUCUAAUGGGCUAUUGGGAUCUUGGCCCAUUACUAUGCGAUCUUUGGCUGUCAGUGGAUUAUACCGUCUGUCUGGUGUCGCAGUACACGGUUCUGCUGAUAACAAUUGAUCGCUUCUGUUCAGUGAAAAUAGCUGCCAAAUAUAGAAGUUGGCGAACCAAAAAUAAAGUCAUCUGGAUGGUAACUAUCACAUGGAUUAUACCAGCACUGCUUUUCUUUAUAUCUAUUUUUGGCUGGGAGCAUUUUGUUGGAUAUCGAGAUUUACAACCAGGACAAUGCGCAGUACAAUUUUUAAAAGAUCCCGUCUUCAACACCGCACUUAUCAUUGGAUAUUACUGGACUACAUUAGUUGUAUUGUUUGUGUUGUACGGCGGCAUCUACAAGACAGCCUAUGAUAUGCAAAAGAAAAGUGAAGCCAAGCAACGUAAAAUGCAGUCCAUGGUGGCACUCAGCAGUGCAAUGACCGGAAUGGCUAGUAGAACAGCAGGUAUAGGAAUUUCUAAAACUCAAAGUACCUUGCUGUGCGCGGAUAAACCAAUCCCUUCUACAGCUCCUUUAAUGCCAAAACAUGACGGAGCUGCCACAGGUGGUACAUCAUCUUCGGGCGAGGAAGCGCUACGAAAAUUGGCAACACAGAUUCAAUCUUCCAACAUUUUGCAAGCCACUCCUGUUAGCACGAAUGUUUCAAUGCUUAAGAACGAAAAGAGUUUCAAUACAUCUGUACACCCUUCAACUGCUCCAUUCGAUAUGGCAUAUUCGGAGAUUGGCAACAGUAACAAGACGCAUGCUAUGACAAAUUUUAGCAUAAAAGACGAAAAGGUAGAAGGGGACAAAAGCGAACGCUCCAGUAGCCCUGCAUUUGAUUCAGAUGAAGAGCAUCCGGCUGCGAUCAAACAAGAACAAGAUCAACUUGUAAAAACACCUAAUAAACGAUCUUCUGUCGCUGGUUUGCUAGUAGGUGCAGCUUCUGCCUCAGUCUUUUCAUCACGAUACAAAGAAAGUAUCGCAACGGCAAACACUGACAAUCUUCCGUUUUUGUAUUCUGAAAAUCAUGGUACUCAAUUACCUAUCAAACAAUUAUCGACAUCGGUGUCUGAACAAAAAGUACUACCAAAAAUAAGUGAAACGAGUAAUCUGCAAACAUUAGAGAAAAAGCAUGAUGUCGAGAAGUAUAAAGAAAUUUUAGACCAAUCAUUCACACCAAACGCUGCUAGACAGGAACCGCUGUUCAUGGGGUUUGGGGUGAAUAAAACUACUACCGCAUUACAACAGAUAGUGGAGGAUUCGUCAUCUACAAUUUUCACACCACCGUGUGGCUUUCAAACACCCCUAUUAGGGGACAACCAAUUAGAAAGCGAAAGACCACAGAGCAUAACCAGCAUGGGAGACAUCGCAACUACCUACGAUCCGUUGAUAAGUUUGGAUAGCGCAGAUCUUCGUUUCAUGGAUGAAAGUUCUGUAAUGCUACCCUCGCCGCAGUGUGAAAAUCUUCCCUCCGAUUCGUCAUUGGCAUCCUUUUUAGUUGGUAUUGAACAACAGCAACAACACUCGAGAUCAGUAGUCAGCCACUACAAUGGACAGAGCAUUGCAAAUCCUACACUGCUUCAGAAAGCACUUAUCCGCGCCACUGCCCAAUGCAAACAGCCAUCACCGACGGUUCUCAUUCGUCCUUCCUACUUCACCAUGGGUACGAUAUCUCCUGAAACUUGUACUAACGAGAAUACAAUUGCACUUCUUGGCGAUGUGUUAAAGGAAGAUAAUAAAUAUAAUACUACUGUUACCGUUAGUACACAAAGCCCGGAAAAGCCAAAGACGGUCCUUAAUACCAUGAAUACCGAUUUAGGAGAAUCCAGAACAAAUGUUAUCGAUGCACAUCGAAGUCCGACCCAGCACAACAAAGAAACUAUCGGCAAAUCAUACACCUCCGUAGAACUUACUGAUGUUUCGAAUUUCUCAAAGGGGGCAGCAGACGAUGAACUAGCACGAUCGGUGGGCCAAACGGGCGUAACCUGUACCAACAUUUCGGCAUCAGCAACAAUAAACUUUAGUUCACUGCAUAUUGGCAAGCCGACGGUUAGCAUAGAAAGAGACUCUUCAAGUAAGCGAGGUUUUAUUCAAUCAAUCGGCAAGCGUUUGAAGCCAGGUAUAAAAAAACCUAAUGCCGACGGUCCACUCGGUGGAGUUUGUCGACAAAAAUCUAAAUCCGAAAACCGUGCCAGGAAAGCCUUUCGAACCAUUUCAUUCAUAUUGGGCGCGUUCGUAGCUUGUUGGACGCCUUACCACGUACUGGCUUUGGUUGUGGGCUUUUGCUCAACGCCACCUUGCGUGAAUGAGCACCUGUUUAUGUUUUCGUAUUUUCUUUGCUAUGCAAACAGUCCUAUGAACCCAUUCUGCUACGCCCUUGCCAACCAACAGUUUAAGAAAACAUUUACACGCAUAUUGCGCGGAGACUUGCAUAUGACAUAAAUUUAAUAUAAGAUAAGUAAUGAAACGCAAAUGUAUUCGUCAAUCAGUCACAUAUUUUAAAAUGGAUAGGACAAUAAUUAUGUAAAAACUGUAUAAUGGAAAGUGCAGCAUAAUUUGGACAAUGUACUUAUAAAACAAGAAAAUAACUAUAGAAUGGGUGAGAAGAGCGGAAACCAGCUGUGCCAAAUUUAUUAUGUGUAUAACAAUAUACGACUAUGAACACCUAAAUAACCUUAGCUAUAUAGCCUCUGUGGCAAUCAACAUCAAAUAAAUUUUCUUUAGAUGAGCAUACAGUCAAGGCAGACGAUUAGAUGAGAUGCGUAAAGUUGCAUGAUACGUUGGGAAACGUUGCAUUUUACCAUUAUAAAGCAUGAAGGAAGCAAUGUUAUGCUAUAAUAUAAAUGUUGCGCUUUUACUUUCAAGUUCUAAUUUAUGUUUAGACAUAAUCCUUGUCGAACUCGAAUAGUUUCAGCAGAAAUUGAUUAGCCAUUGGUAAUAAAAAUGUAAAGGCCGUUAGAUUUUAGAAUUAUUUAUUGCUUAUAUAAGCAAACACGCUGAGGUUGUUUUCUGAGUGGUGAAGUUACAAAUUGCUUGUGUUCGCAAAUCAUCUGGAUAUGUGAACAAUGCAAGAAAAAUAAGCAUUAUAACGAUAUGACUAUUUACUAGUGCAACUGUCCUGCAGCUUAUCACACCUCAUCUGAUUCGUGGCAGACAACUAAAAUACACGUUGAAUAUGUAUUUUUUUUCUCAUAGUCAACAUGCGAGCACAUCCAUGAAAUCGUAAACAUCCAUCAAGUAAACAAUAUUCAACAAACCUACACUUCAACAAUUAAAAAUCAAUAAUAGAUGACACGUAUAUUCUCAUAAGAGUAACUAAAACAAUAAUGUAAAUAAUCUUUUAAGAGUAUAUUGUUGCCUAAACUAAAAACGACGUUUUUUAUAUACAUUAAUAAGAACAAUUGGCUAAGCAUGCUAAGCAAUAAUUACGUAUGUAAAACCAAAACAACCCAUAAACAGGGAACGAUCUGUUAUCAACCUACUAGAAUUAGAGGGUUCUCAGUAUUAUCACUGUCACCAUAAUGUUGAUAAACCGGUACCGGAAAACCAAAAUCGUGAAGUACUUUUAAUAAAAAAAAAACACAUGUAUUAUCAGGCAUGACCGAGAGGCCAGGAUUAAUGAUUGGCAGGCGUGCAACCGUGAACCAUUUAAGAGACACUCCCGCAGCACACUAAGACUACAUUGCGGUGAUAGUGCCUGAUAAGUAGCUAAAACACGCAAAACGUAACAAAGAUGAUUAUGCGAAGAAUAUUUAACGCAUCGUAAUGCAUUAUAGAAAAAAUAUAGAAAACAACAAUAAACACAUAAAGAAACUCGUGGUAUUUUUUCGCACAAGAGCCCCUGUGAAGAGUACGGCAUGAGUUUCAUAUUACAUAGCAAAACAAUAUUUUUAUAAACGCUUACUAUAAACAAAUAUUCAUCCAAUAGUGAUAAAUGUUGAACCAAGAACCGUAUGAUACUGGAUGUGUUUUCUUAGCUAAGAGUCAAUAUGUUUAUUCCUAGUUGAGUUAGAUGUUUCUGAAUCAAUUUAUGUUUCUGAAACAAAAUACAUAUUCCAUUGCAAACAUCCGAAAUGACAUAGAUAGUUCAGUGACUAGUGUCCACAUAAGAUUGUUUACGUAAUGUUUGGUUAUCAGUUGCAAGCUGCCGCAUGUUACUACUUCAGUGGAUCAUCAAGCAAACAGUAUUAACAAAACGAAUAAAAUAUAAAAAAAAUAAUAAAUGCAUAUGAAGUACUAUCAAAAUAAAAAGUUUGUACAAUUUUUGCAAUGGAAACCAUAGCCAACAAAAGAUAAUCUACAAAAUAUGAUACUGUACAUUUGUUUACAAGGUUAACUUUACAAUAGCAAUUUAAGUCUUGAAGAAUGAAAUACUUAAAUAAUGUGAAGUAUCGUGAGAUGGAGAAAUUCUAUAAUUCAAAUUAUUUUUAGGUUAAUCCAUUUCCAAUUUCGAUUCAAAUGCUCGAUAACAAUUGACAAAUCAUAGUUAGCUUAGUAGCUAAAUACAUUACUGAUAAAAGCCGGUAUUGCCAUCUCCAUUCUAGAAUUUGACACUAUAAUUUGUAGGAAUAAUGCGAUAGAAUAACUUUUUUCAAACUCUUCAAACAAUCUUGAACAUUUUUAUUUUGAAAGAUCAUUAAACCAUUGAAGGUACCUGGGAUAAAUAAUCUGUACAAUUAAAAUAAUUUUGCAUGCUACCUAUUUCAUAGAUAAAUUGCUUUCAGCCUAAAAAUAUCAGAAUAAUCUUAAUAUAAUGAUAUUGUAUGUUUUAGAUAUCCAUCGACGUGUUAUAAAUAAUAAAAAGACAAUAUUCCGAGACAGUUGUAGAAUUCACUGCUAACAGUAAUGACUUAUUGUGGAAAAGAGUACUAAUGUUAUAAAGUGGGGUAAUGAUUAUAAUAAAAGUCCACAAAUCCAUGUUUAUUUUGAGUAAAACAUGUUAAAAGGCAUGAGAUCACAUAAAUUCUAAAUUAUAAUAAAUAUUCAAAUAAAACUAAAACUUUAAGCAAAAAAAAAUAUUACUUACACAUUUCCUAUAUCUUUUUUUCAAUUAAAACAUUCCGCUACAAUAUUUCAUUGUAUUGAAUUCUCUAUUAUGAUAAAAUCGUCGUUUAUCACAAACCCCGCCGGGCUGCCCUUGCUUCCCAAUGUAUACAAUUAUGAUGAUUCAGAGUUAUCUAAGCUGCAGAACAUCAACAGUGUACUUAGGUGUGAUAAACUCUACAUCUUAUGUAAGUAACGCAGGACUACCACAGAAGGCUUAGUACCACUCUUGUAUAAUUGUGUGAAUUAAUAGAAUGUAUGUUCCUCCCUUAGCUAAUAACAAACAGUUGUCUGAUAUUACUGCCAUUUUAUAUCAACAUAAGUAUUUGGCCUGGUGGAAUUCUUCGCGGUGGACUUCAAAAAGCGAUAGAACAGUUUAUUAACUACCUUCAUGAUUGAAAGAUUCUAGUUAAUUAUGCAAAAAUACAAGGCAUUGCAUUGCCCUACCGGUAAAAAAAUAACAUUUUCACUAUCCACCAUCAGACGUAGGGUCAAGUCGGAUAAAAUUUAUGAACAUGCGAUCACUUGGAACCCAUAUGUUUGCUAUCUUGGUGUAGAUUUGGCGAUAGACAGAAAACAACAAGAAACUAGUGUUGGGCAAUGGGAUCUGGAUCGGAUUCUGGGACUCGAUCCUUCCUCGGAUCAAUCCGGAUUCAAUCCCAUAUCUUGGAUUGCCUGGAUUCCGAGUCCCGAUUGGGAUCCAAAACAAGAGUCCGGAUCCGGAUCCUUCAAGAUUCGGAUCUUUCAGGAUUGGGAUCCUUUAGGAUUGGGAUUCUUCAGGAUUCGGAUCCUUCAGGGAUUGGGAUCCAAAACAAGAGUCGGUCUAGUAAUUGUACAAUGGUUUUAAUCUUCAAAGCAUUUCUGAUGCUGUUCAUCCUGUUCAAGCAUUUUGACUGUGUUUGUUCGGAGGACACACAAAAAAUCUGGCAUAAGCUAGUUGCGAUUACAUUUUGUUUUAGAUUUAUUUUGUAUGUAUUUUACUUAAAUACAUUUUGCAUUAUAUUUGCUAGCUUCCUUAUCCCUUCUAGUUCUGUCUAAUUCGCCUCAUUACAUUUUUGUACCUCCCCCCCUAACACAGGAUAUGUUUUUAAAACGGAUUCGGAUCGGAUUCGGAGGAUCGAUCCCAAGGUGGAUCCGGAUCGGUCGGAUCGAGUCCCAGUUGGGAGCGAUUUUUCACAUCGCUACAAGAAACACAUUGAUUACAUACAAACAAAAGUGGAGUUGGAUCUUGGCAAGUCCCUUUAUAUAUUGCUAAAUCCAAAUUCACACUGUUGGUAAAGAUGACGUUUGGCAUGCCGGUUCGGAUGGUUCUUUCCUGCUGGGCUGUAGUUAUUGCUGUUCCUUCGGCAGUAAAAAUGGUUGUAUGGUCUGGUAAUUCUAAAUAUUUUAGGAUACGUGGAUUUUUAUACAUUUCUGUGGUCCGCUAAUAUAGUGUAUCGGGGACUGCCUGUACUUUCAAUACAGUCUACGUAGAAUAUAGCGAAAAUUACAUUGAAGCGUUGAUGCUAAAAUAAUAUUAUCAUGCUAUAAUAUUUCUUGCGUAGAAUAUUCCUUGCAAUAUUUUAUUUAUAGCAAUAAACUUUGCAAGUUUUAUGAACCGAUUUCUCAAUAGAUGGCACUGCACAUUUUUUGUACGAAAAUAUUUAUUUUUUCAGAUCUAAAUUCAAUACAUAGUUGUACAUAGCAUGAAAUCUAUGUAUUUUAGAAAUCUUGUUUGUAAUAUAGAUAGUUCGAAAAGAAAUAAUGGCAUGUAUUGCACUCA